AGGCGGCCGGCGAGCGCAGCUGAGAGCCAGUAGCGCCGAGAGCGCUGGGUCCGGAGAGUCGCGUACGCGGAGGGUCUCGGGGUGGGCGCCGCGGGACCUCGCCGGGCCAUGGCACCCCCUGUCAAAGGGAAAAGGAAACAGUCAGAGGAGAGUGACCCCCUAGACCCACCCUCAUCCCCUAAACCCGAUGGUGAGCAGAGCAGGAGCCAGAGCCCCAUCCAGCUGGAGGACUCCCCCGAGGCAGGCAGGGAGCGGGAGGAGGAGCAGGCCUUCCUGGUCAGCCUCUACAAGUUCAUGAAGGAGCGACACACGCCCAUCGAGAGGGUGCCCCAUCUCGGCUUCAAGCAGAUUAACCUGUGGAAGAUCUACAAGGCGGUGGAGAAGCUGGGGGCCUAUGAGCUGGUGACCGGUCGCCGCCUCUGGAAGAACGUGUACGACGAGCUGGGGGGCAGCCCAGGCAGCACCAGCGCGGCCACCUGCACUCGCCGCCACUACGAGAGGCUGGUCCUCCCAUAUGUGCGACACCUGAAGGGGGAGGAUGACAAGCCACUGCCCCCCUCCAAGCCCAGGAAACAAUACAAGAUGGCCAAGGAGCAGCGGGCAGAUGACGGGGCCACUGAGAGGCCGAAGAAGACCAAGGAGGAGCGGCGGGUGGACCAGAUGAUGCUAGGAAAGACCAAAACAGAUGUCCUGGACCCAGCACCGCUUCCCAGCCAGGAGCCCCCCAGGGACAGCACAGAACAGCUGGGCCCAGCCUCUGGGCCCUCUCUGCCCUUCGUGGGUGCCAGCAGCUGCCCUGAGGCCUAUAAGCGGCUCCUGUCCAGCUUCUACUGUAAAGGGACACAUGGCAUCAUGUCACCACUGGCCAAAAAGAAGCUCCUGGCCCAGGUGAGCAAGGCAGAGGCCUUGCAGUGCCAGGAGGAAGGCUGUCGCCAUGGGGCAGGUGGCCCGGACAUGGAGCCCCAGGCGUCCCCAGCCAUUCAUCCCCCAGAGAGUCCCCGGAGCCCAGGAGGGCUGGCUGAGAAUUCCAGGCACCAGCUGACCCCUCAGGAGGGGUUGCAGGCCCCUGGCAGCAGCCUCAGGGAGGAGGCUCAAGCGGGCCCCUGUCCCUCGGCCCCCAUCUUCACGGGCUGUUUCCACGCUUAUCCCACCGAGGUGCUGAAGCCCGUCAGCCAGCACCCCCGGGACUUCUUCUCCAACUUUAAAGAUGGAGUGCUCUCGGGGCCUCCCAGCAAAGAGGAGGGACUGUCAAUCAAAGAGCCCCAGCUCGUGUGGGGCGGGGAUGCCAACCGCCCCUCUGCAUUCCACAAAGGCGGUUCCAGGAAGGGCAGCCUCUACCCCAAGCCCAAAGCCUGCUGGGUGUCCCCCAUGGCCAAAGUCCCGGCCGAGAGCCCUGUGCCCCCAUCAGCCUUCCCCAGCAGCCCAGGCCUCAGCAGCAAGCGCAGCCUGGAGGAAGAGGGCUUUGCCCAUGGUGGCAAAAAACUGCGGGCAGUGUCUCCCUUUCUUAAGGAGGUGGACGCCAAGGAGUAUGGGGCCAAACCCACAGGGCCCGGCCUGGCCGUCUCCUGCCUGCUGGGCCCAGCCCCCCCAGAGGCCUACAGGGGCACCAUGCUGCGCUGCCCGAUGAACUUCGCCAGCACCCCGGACCCCUUAAAGGGCCAGGCCACGCUCCCCUUCAGCCCCCUGGUCAUCCCGGCCUUCCCGGCCCACUUCAUGGCCACUACAGGCCCCUCACCCAUGGCCACUGGACUGAUGCACUUCCCCCCGACAUCCUUUGACAGUGCCCUCCGCCACAGACUUUGCCCAGCUGCGUCUGCCUGGCACGCACCGCCAGUCACGACCUAUGCAGCGCCCCACUUCUUCCAUCUCAACACCAAGCUGUAGGGCAGAGUCUGCCAUGGCCUGGGAUGAGCAGGUGCUGCCAGGGGCUCUGGGCUACAGCACACUAACUGGGACACCUGGGCCGUGCCCCAGCCAGGCAGCCUGGUGUAAAUAAAGAGGAAGGCGGUAGGAAAACUGGGUUUGUCUCAAGGAGGAGCCCGAGCUGCUUGGGAAAGGAUGUGCAGGGUGGCAGAGCCCCCAGAGCAGAGGCCAGGAGCUGGGCGGGGCCACUCAGGGCAUCCAGGUCGCCCAUGGAAAAUCCAAUAAAAAGACACCAAUGUGCAUCUACCCCGCUCCGCGGUGUGCAUGGCGUGGACCUUUGCAAGGGCAGGCGAGAUGGAGGCAAGCCCGUGGGUGGGGCUGCCAGUGGGGGAGCGAAGGAGAUGGACCUGAGUGGGCCCAGAGCAAACCUCAGCCUUCUGCUCACAUGUCAGCAGCUCUGAUGCCCAUUCUGUGCCUUCAAACUGUGUUCCUACUUGAGCCUCCGGGCACUGCGUGUUGCCUUCCUCCUUGUGCACGUAGGGGUCCAAGGCUCAGGAGGGUAGGUGACUUCCGCAGCUUCCCUCAGCAGGCAAGGAACAGGGCAGUGUGACUCCACUGUCCUGAGCUGAGCCACAGAACCCCAGGGUGUCGAGAUGAGCCCUGUGGCUGUUAUUAGCGCUCCAGGGGGGUGAAGGUGUGACCUGGAAGCCCGAGUUGGUCUACCCUGGUGGUGGACACAGACUUGUGGGGCUGCCAGAUCCUCUCGGUGACCCCCACCCCACCCACCUUGCCUGCCCCAUAAGGACCAGCCGGGAAGGCCCACUGGGGUGGAAAUAGCUGGGGGUUCUUGGGGGAAAGGGGAGUGAAGGGGCCCAUCUCAGCCUGGGCAUCUGCAUUGAAACAAACUCCAGUAGGUCCAGUUGUGGCUGUUCCAGGAGGCGCACACAGAAACCCUGCAGCCUAAUGCCUCCUUCCUGCGGGCUCCAGGUGGGAGCAGGGGCCUUUCAGAAUCUCCCUUCCCUCCCUCCACAGGAAGCCUGUUCUCAGAGCAGCUUAACACCUGUCCUGGGGAAAGCAGGGCCACCAUUGGCCAAGCGGAUGCCGGGGCUGCAGGCAGCCUUUGACCGAGACACUGCAACCUGCCCUGCCCUCUGGGGCCACAUCUGCAGGGAUGCUCUUGACCUCAGGCCACAAGAGGGGCAAUCUAGCGUGACCUCCUUAGUUCCUGGGUGGGGCGGCCAAUGCCAGGGGUCUUGCUUGCCCAGGGCCACCAUCUGGGAUGACGGAAUCCAGGUCAGGGAACAUGCAAAAUGCCUGGCACCAGGGAGUGGGUGGCCAAGGCAGGAAGGCCCCACCCUGUCCAGCCUCUGCCUCCCUAGGAGCUGCCUGUGGAGGGUGGGCUCAGGCACAGGUGCCCUCCAAGUGAGACCACUUGAUGGGUGCUCAGGGGGUGGUGGUCCCUGCCGUCAUGAGCACUCUUAGUUCUGCAGGGGCGUCUCCAAUUUCCUGCCUUCCAAGAGAUGCUGAGAUGCCAGCCUGGGAAUCUGUGUGACCAGCCCCGAGCUCCUGAUUCCCACACACAGCCAUGUACAGCCCAUCUCUCUGAGCCUCCAGAGGCCCCAUGGUUGAUGAAGAAUGGGGAGGGGGCUGAGUUCCGCCCACCCUCCAGGCAAACACCCUGGCCCUGGGUGCUGGGCCACAGGUCAACGAGUCACAUCGCCUGGAUAGAGAGAAGGUGAGAGCUACCUGUUGUGUGCAGGGACAUAUCUGAGAUGGGGCAGAUAUGGGUCCUCUUCAUCUGCAAAGCAUCAUUGGCCUGGCCCUGGCACAAAGGUGAGCAGGUGCCUGGCUCUAGGACUUGGGCGCAGAAGGCUCAGCGCUGUGCUGGUGGUGCCCUCUGGAGGCUCGUCUGGAGAAUGCACCUUCCCUGUGGGCGUCUGUGUCCUGGGCAGGUGGACUCGGGGUCAGGACGCUGCAAAAGAUGCUAGAGCUGAAUGCAAGUCAUGCUUCCUUGGAAACCUCGCCCUGCAGCUCCGGUGUGCCAGCUUUACAUGAUUCUCUCUUUCAUUCCUCACGAUUCCCGGAGAAGGCCCUGUCCCCGUUUACAGCACAGAACAGAGGAGUCCAGCCAGUGCUUCUGUUUCCUCAGUGAGCAGAGAGUGAGGAUGGGGACUGGGGUUGGAGGUCUGGGUAGAGGAGAGAAGGGGAACAAGUGAGCUCACAGAGUGGAGCAAGGCCACAGCAGGGCGGUGCCAUGGGGGCCCCGGAAAGCGAGAGGCUGCGCUCCAGGUCAAUGGCCCUGGUGUCGUGAGCCCAGGCAGCCAGCUGGGUGCAGCCCCGAGUGGGAGCUCGGGUGCAGCAGAGAGGCACAGCGACCUGAGGUGGGUGCAGGGAGCGAUGGCAACAGAGGGCCAUGGAAUCGAAGCUGGAGGGUGGAGGAGCCAAGGACAGGCAGUGGGACCAAGGGACUGCUGGGGAGAUAGAGAGCUGGCUGAAGUCAUCACAGGUAUUGGGCACAUUCACAGGACUGAGUGGAGGAGGAGGCCGGGGCGCAGGGAGCAAGGAGGAGGGUUGUGAGAUGGAGGGGCACGCGGUGCACAGCAAGGACAUGAUGCAGGGGCAGCAACAGGCUCUGGCAGCAAGGGGGGCCCCACGUGCCUCCCUCGGGGCAGUGGAGAAGUGGCCACACUGGAGGGGGCUGCAGGGGCACAGUCUGGGGUGGGCACAGCCAAGGGCUGGCAAGGAGGUGCCAGAGGGGCAGCCAGAAGCCCAGACAAGUGAGAGAUGCCUGUGGCUCAGCAAAGACACAGACUUAAGACCAGAGGCUGCCGACAGUGGCCUGAGAUGUUUAAAUGUUUUUUAAUAUAGUUGCUGGCAUUUACAAAUCAGAUUUCGCAUUCAAAAAUUUGAAUAUCAGGCUUCUCUUUAAAAACCAGAAUUUCUGGUCACAUGGGACCACUUCCUGGAGCUGAGCAGUGGCUGCUGCCCCUUGAACAGGGCGACCUGCCUGCUGACUGCAGUCUCCCCAGCCCUCCUCCCCAUGCCCGACGGACCCGGCCGUCCACCGCCUGCCACUGCUCAGACUCCAGGCUGCGGCUUCCAGGUUCUGAGGCUCCUUCCCACCUUGGGGCUUCUUGGCUCUGUGCCUGGCAUUCCCACCACCUGUGGGGCCUUGCCAUCGGGCCCUUGAGGGGUCAGUGGGUAGAGAGGGAAGAUCAAGAAGCUGGAAGCCAGAACACAGGCCCUGAGACCUGGCUCCCCCACGGGGUCAGCGUAUCAGAGACGGCUCUCAGGCCUUUCACUUGCAAGCAACAGAAACAAACCUGACCCAGGCAGGGGAGAGCCUGAGCGACGCAGAACUGCGGGGAGAGCUGAACACCCAGAUCAUGGGGCUCAGGGGACAGAAGUGCCUCUCUGGGGCAUUGACAUUGGUGAGCUGGAGCCGGCUCCUCCGGCCCCAGAGAGCGGACUACAGGCAUCUCUUCCCAACUCCGUAUUCAGUGAUGCCUACUGGGAGCUUGAAGCCAAGGCAGGAAUAUCUACACUCUCUCAGAAAUCAGCAAGGGCUAUAAACCAGAGCUCCUCCCACGCCCAGCCAGUGGCUAAUCACCUGCCGCACGCACCACCAACUGCCUCCUGCCUGAGUCCUGCUGAAGGAUGCACUUUCAGGAGAGAAGCUGAUCCAAGGCCUGUGCCCACCUGUGUUCCCAAGGCCUGGUGUCUACCAGGUGACCAAAACAGCAGCUGCCACACUGGUGACACCACGGGCAUACACUUCUCUAGGCUUAUGUUUCCUCAUCUGUGAUAUGGAAGUUGAGUCACCUCUACCUCAAGAGUCACAGGCAUUUAGUGAAAGUGCUCUGUAAACUGAAGUUCUGAUGCAAGGGAGUUAUCACCUCCCUCCCGCCUGGAGUUCUGCUCAGCCAGCCUGACCACCCCCCUGC